GGGCCUUGCCACAGUUAACCAAGCAAGCAAGCAACCAACCAACCAACCAAAGAACCGAUCUGGUUCACCGCCACAAGCCAUCCUCCACGUCCAGUCAACGGAUUACCACUAGGCUCCACUACUGUUGGGCAGGUGGCAGGUGUGCAUAAGUGCAUAAGUAUAACAUAACUGUGACGAGAGGCAGCUGCUAAUUAAUGUGUGAAUUGUAUCCGAGCCAAUAGUAAUUGAGGAAAACCAACAUAAUCUGUAAAAGUCUGCUCUGCUCUGCUCUGCUCACCUUACCGUGGAAUUCGCGGUUGCGCACUUCAAACUUGUGAAUUGUAAAAACAGUGUUCAAAUAUAUCUGAAGGAAUAUGCUUGGGCUCGAACGAUAAAGUGGCAAGCGAUACAAGUGAAAGAACGCAAAACUUAAUCUUAUAAAACAACCCGUUUAGUAACUGACUGUAAAAAGGAUAAAAACAAAUCCCAUGAUGAACAGUGCACGAGAAGUACUGAUUCUGACCCUCUUGGGAUUCUCCUGCACCACACUGGGGCGCAAAGUUUCUACGGGCUACCAUAUUGUGCACAGCCAGCCGUCCUAUCCCAACUUCCAUGGAUUCAGCUAUCUUCAGGGCUCAGCUCCGUACAUAACUGGAAAUGGACUGCCAAGUGCAGCAGGAGCUACCUCACCAGCCCCACAAACACCAUUUGGAUCGGCAGCUGGCCCUCCUAUUACUGCCUAUGGCUACAGUUUUCCAACUCCGGGUCAAGUGUCUUGCGCUCAAUCCCCCGCAGUGUGUGAGAAAACAGCAUAUCGUACAUUGGAUGGAUCCUGCAACCAUUUGGAGCAACCCGGACUAGGAGUCGCAAACAAUAGGUAUGGUCGUCUGCUGACACCUAAAUACGCUGACGGCAUAUCAGCACCUACUCGAUCGGUUACUGGAGACGAACUGCCCAGCGCUCGCCUAGUCUCGUUGGUGGCUUUCGGGGAGCAGGACGUACCGGAUCCAGAAUUUACGCUCCACAAUAUGCAGUGGGGCCAAAUCAUGACGCACGACAUGAGCAUGCAAGCGGGUGGUACUCAAUCAAAGAAACAUCCGACUCGCUGCUGCACGGAUGAUGGCCGCCUUAUUGGUCUAGACACGGCGCAUAAGACUUGCUUCGCCAUCAUCGUACCUCCACACGAUCCGGCAUACUCCCAGGUGGGCACUGAAUGCCUCAAUUUUGUCCGAACACUCACAGAUCGUGACUCGGGCUGCCAGUACGCGGGCGGACCUGCAGAGCAACUGACCGUGGUCACAUCAUAUCUGGAUCUAUCGCUAGUCUACGGCAACUCCAUACAGCAGAACAGCGAUAUUCGAGAGUUCCAAGGGGGUCGCAUGAUUGUGGAGGAGCGCAAUGGAGGCAAGUGGCUACCACUAUCCCGCAACGUUACCGGGGACUGUGAUGCAGUCGAUGCCAGCGAGGUCUGCUACAGGUCCGGCGAUGUGCGUGUCAAUCAGAAUCCCGGCCUAGCGAUCCUGCAAACAGUUCUUCUGCGCGAGCACAAUCGAAUAGCCGAUUCUUUGGCAGCACUUAAUCCCCACUAUGAUGACCGCACACUUUUCCAGGAGGCCCGCAAAAUCAAUAUAGCCCAGUACCAGCAGAUAAGCUACUAUGAGUGGUUGCCGAUUUUCCUGGGGGGCGAGAAUAUGUUAAAGAACCGGCUGAUCUACAAGGCCCCAAGUGGCAGCUAUGUCAACGACUUCGAUUUAAAUAUUGACCCCUCAGUUCUGAAUGAGCACGCAACUGCUGCCUUUAGAUAUUUCCAUUCGCAGAUUGAAGGCAGAUUAGACCUUUUGUCAGAGAUGCGAACAGUUCUCGGCUCACUUACCCUGAGCGAUUGGUUCAAUCGUCCCGGCAUCAUUGAAGUCGGUGACAAUUUUGACUCUCUUACCAGAGGCCAUGCCACACAGCCCGAAGAGUUGACGGAUAUUAACUUUGAUAGACAGAUCAAGCAUUUCCUGUUCCGCCGAAACAUGCCUUUUGGUUCCGACCUCAGAUCGUUGGACAUACAACGCAAUCGUGAUCAUGGCCUUGCCUCAUACAACGAUAUGAGAGAAUUCUGUGGGCUGAGACGAGCUCAUUCGUGGGAGGACUACUCCGAUUUGAUCAGCGUCCCCAUAAUUCAAAAACUUAAGUCGCUUUACGAUAGCCACGAGGACGUUGACCUGACGGUGGGAGGCUCAUUGGAGGCACAUGUUGCUGGAGCUUUGGCAGGUCCAACAUUCCUGUGCAUCCUCACCGAACAAUUUUACCGAACUCGCGUUGGUGAUCGAUUUUUCUUCGAAAACGGCGAUAAGAUCACCGGCUUCACCCCUGAUCAACUUGUCGAGCUUCGUAAGGCAAGUAUGGCGCGUUUGCUGUGCGAUAAUGGAAAUCACAUUGCUUCAAUGCAGCCUGAAGCAUUCAGGACCGUUUCCGGAUCGAAUCCUAUUAUGCCGUGCACAAAUAUUCAACAAAUCGACCUCACCAAGUGGGUUGAUCAAAAGCCAUAUGCCACAGCAGACCCAUCAGUUCAUUAUGGAAGAAAAUGAUUUGGAUAUUUUAUUAACUAGUUCAAUAUAAAAAAACACCUCUAGCCUAAUCAGUAUAAUGAUCAUUAAUAUGAUUGCCCUGUAUCAUAUCCCCCCCCAAUUGAUGUACAGAAAUAAAACCUUUACCA